AUGGCGGCCGCGGCGGCCAAGGUUGCUUGUCGGAGGUGGGGCUGGACGGCCGUCUCUUGCGGUUUCCACCGUGGCCUCUGCACGUUACUCGCUCAGAAGCCCGAGAAGGCGCCUCGGUGGCUCCCAGCUUGCAGACGAAAGUCAUCAGUCUCUUUCCUUAGUCGACCAGACCUUCCAAAACUGGCUUAUAAGAGACUAAAAGGCAAAAGUCCAGGAAUUAUCUUCCUCCCUGGCUUUAUUUCUAAUAUGAUGGGUACAAAAGCAUUGGCGAUUGAGGAGUUUUGCAAAUCUCUAGGUCACGCCUAUAUAAGGUUUGAUUACUCAGGAAUUGGAAAAUCAGAAGGUAACUUUGAAGAGUGUACAUUGGGAAAAUGGAGAAAAGAUGUUCUUUCUAUAAUUGAUGACUUAGCUGAAGGACCACAGAUACUAGUUGGAUCUAGCCUUGGAGGAUGGCUUAUGUUUCAUGCUGCAAUUGCACGGCCACAAAAAGUUGUGGCGCUUGUUGGUGUAGCUGCAGCUGUAGAUGUCCUAGUGACAAAGUUUAAUCAGCUUCCUGUUGAGGUACAAAAGGAAAUAGAGUUGAAAGGAGUGUGGAGCAUGCCAUCCAAAUACAAUGAAGAAGGAGUUUAUAACAUUCAGCAUAGUUUCAUUAAAGAAGCUAAACACCACUGCUUAUUACAUAGCCCUAUUCCUGUGAACUGCCCUGUAAGAUUGCUCCAUUGCAUGGAGGAUGACGUUGUAUCUUGGCACACGUCCGUACAGGUUGCUGACCGAGUAGUCAGCACAAAUGUAGAUGUCAUCCUUCGGAAACAUGGUGAUCACCGAAUGAAAGAAAAAGCGGACAUUCAUCUUCUUGUUUGCACUAUUGAUGACUUAAUUGAUAGACUUUCAACUGUAGUUACCUAA